AUUAAAAUUAAUGUUUAUCUAGUUCUUGAUUCAGUUUUUUUUUGAGUUGUCAAGUAAUUUUGGAAGAUGUUAUACAUAUUUAGGAUUGCCUUCCUAAUUUUUGUUGUACUUGCACAGACUGACACAACUCCAUUUCAUGAGACGGCUUCCAGACAAGGUGAAGCCAAUGCAGAUCAAGCAGAUGAACAACUUAACAAUGAGGCAAGUAUAAUUUUGAAAACUGUUGGUAUUUAUAAAAUUAUGAAUUUGGUUGUACUUAAAUUAAUUUUUGGAAGUUCUUGUACGAGUUCAUAAUCCCAUUCCUGACUUCAGGAUACACGAGAGCCUAUGAAUGAGAUCACGAAAGAGACACCUGGUUCUCCAAUAGCUCAACAGAAUAUUGAGACUCCAGUCCUUACUCCAAUUCAGACGCAGCAGGAGACUCACGAGCUUAUGAAUGAGAUCAUUUCACCAAACAUUUCCGACACACAGCCAAAUACCCGAGCUCGCAGAAAUCUUUUAACAGAGCAAAAUAAGGAUGUAGAAAGCAGAGUUCAAAAUCCCUUUGAGAUCGGAGCAAAUGUGGAGAUUUCAUCACAAGAUGACAAUACUUGUCAUAAAUGGUAUCCAGGAAAUGUGUUGGCAACAUAUUUGGUUGAUGGGGUUGAGAUGGUGAAAGUUGAGUACUUCGUCCCGUCUCUGGACGAAAAGAAGAGGAAAAGGAGUGUUGAGACACGUGUAUCAAUUGACAGAAUACGUCCUCAACCACCACCUGAGAGAUCUGGAGCGAAGAAAAGUUAUGAGCUAAUGCAGGACGUGGAGGCGUUCGACAAUGGUGCCUGGUGCGCUGGAAAAGUUAAAGUCAUUUUGUUUGAUGGCUCGUGUUUUGUCUCUUUGAACAAUUCUAAAGAACAAAUUUACUUCCACCAUUCUGAGAUGCGAAAACCAAGAAAAUGGGUAGAUGGUGUUUGGGAGAUGACAAAAAAGAUGGAAGAAGAGCAGACGCAGAGUGUGAAUCCAAGUGAAGGAGAUGGUGAUAAAAAGGGGAAGGCGAAGGCUGUCGCUUGUAAGAAAAAUGAAGCAGCUGGUCCAUCAGAAGAUGGUGUUGGGAAAAUGGCAAAAGAGAUGGAAGUAAAGCAGGGUAAGAGUGUGAAACCAAGUCAAGACGAUCAUGCAAAAAAGGGGAAGCCUGAUGUUGGUAAGAAGAAGAAAGCAAAUGCUCAGCCAGUAGAUUUGCUUCCUUUUCUACAGCGAGAAGAGAAGAGGCCAAUACGACCUAGAAACCCUCCUAUACCUGUAACACCUGAGGUAAUCCUUCCAAUUGAUCCAUUUGUGACACCUGAAUUUCCUCGGUUUUCAAGGCUUGCACACUGGAUGGAUCUACGGGGCAUAUAUCGUGUACCGUUUUAUAUCAAUGGAAAAGAAAUUGAAAAAGAGUUCUUUCAAAAAAUGGACGAUGCAGAAAACAAUCUCAACAAAGAGCACAUAAAUGUUGCAUUUGAAAUGCUAAAUUGUAAGAGGGUUGAGCAAGGUGCUUGGUUCCGCAACAACAAUCUUCCAGCAGCAUGCUUUGUACCAGUCAAAUUCUUAGAAGUGGUUGGGUACGCUUAUGAAUCUGUCAGGAAGCCACAUAAGAAAAAACAAACGUUAUUGGAGGGCUGUGUAGGCGAACUUGUGAAAGGUUUAAUACAUCCAAAGAAGGUAUGGCUGGAAGAUGUUGAUGUUAUAUAUGGUGUCAUUGAAGAUAAGUUGAGCUAUCACUAUAUUGGGGUGGAGAUACAAUUGAUGGACAACACAAUCACACUCUUCCAUUGUGGUCUUCCAAAAGCAAAUAUCAAACGUGCUCUUAAUCAAAUCCAAGAACUGGCAGUGUUGAUUAGUGCCAUAAAGAUGGAACUUCUUGGUGAAGAGGUUAAUUUCGAAGAUAUCAGUCCAUUUGAAGUUAAGUUUGCAGAAGGGCUUCCAAAGACAAAAUUUCCAUACAACUGUGGUAUUUUUGUUGUGAAGAUGCUGGAAUGCAGGUCACUGGGAUUGAAGAGCAUGGCUAAUAUAAAUGAUGAAACUGCGAUGGACUUACGAAGCAAGCUAUGUUGUGAGAUCUUCGACCACUUUAUGGAUAAAGAUUUCCAGGAAGGUCAAAGGAAGUGAAAAUGUCAUAUUUGUUCUACUCUGUUUUCUACUUUGUUUUCUACUCUGUUUUCUACUUUGAUAUUAAUUAUCCCUAACGUUUAAGUUUAAGUUUGUAAUGAAUUAUCCCUAACGUUUUUUUCAUUUAGAUUGUUAUUGAAAAUUUUUUAGGAUGUAUUGAUGAAUUGUCAAAUGCUUAUGGUACUUUUAGGAUGGGUUUCCAGAAAAAGAGUGAGAAAGCAAAAUGCACCAAAGCCUAGCAAAUUCCAUUAAAGUUUACAAAAAAAAAAUGAAAAAGAAUGUGAUCCGAUGUUGAUUGAACUCGUGAACUCUCGAAAGAUGAAUCAAAGUGUGCAGCCGCUGUGCCAAGGGUGUUAUACUUGCCAAAAGCUAUAAUAAAACGAAAAUAACUUUUGAAUAUUUAAUUAAAAACAGAAAAAA